AUGGAUGCCGAUGUCGAUCACAUUGGCACCGAUAAAGAUGAUGACGAUGAUGCUGGUAUAUUCAGAAUCGCCAACGACUGCCACAGUGAGGACGAUGACGCCCACACUAGUGAAGACAACGUUCUUUCAGCAGUGCACACGAAGCGUACUGCUGUUGAAAAGGAUGAAUCAGCAGAAGAAUUUCUGCUGACUCGCGAAGCAGUUGUCCGCUUCGUUCAAGAUCUUUUCCGGACACGUUAG